AUGGCGGACACAAACUACAUUUCCCUUGGGGAUGUGGGCGAAAAGCAAGCCUUCGACACUGGAGAACAAGUUCAGGGUUUUCGGCCUCCUAAAGUUGUUGGCGCGACAAAAGAGGAGAGAAAAGAAAUUGCUCGCCAGAUCAGACUCGCAGCAAAGAAAGAAAAGAAGAAGAUAAAAGCAGAUGCGAAGAGGCAGCGAAAGGAAAAUGCUGCUCAGCACCGGCGCGAGACCAAAAAUACCGAGAAAUACGACAAGAACAAAGACCGCAACACCCAGCGAGCAAUCGACCUAGAGCGCAACAAGAUCCGCUUCGAGGCGGUGAGGCAGGCCGAGCGUUUAGCUGCUAAGCAUGAUCCAAGCGGCAAGAUGUUCAAUUGUGGCGAGGUGAUUGUUCUUGAGAAUGGCACGGUUAAGAGCAAGGAGGCAUGGAAGAGGUCCGAGGAAGCAAAGGCUGCGAGAGAAGCUGGUGUCGUGGCCCCGCCGCCCAAUGUGAAUCCAGAACGCCAGGGACAAAUCCUCAACUCGCAAAGUGAGCCGAAGAAGCUGAGCAAGAAGCAACAGCAAAAACUCGCGGCCCUGAACCCGAAAAAUGUUCCGCCUAAGCCUGUGCUUCCAGAAGGUAUUGCGAUUCCGGAGGGAGAGGAGAAUUUCAUUGCGUUGUGGGAGUUGGAUGACAAGGGAAUUCAGGACAGGAUUAACAGACAUAAGAAGAAUAAGAGGGCUACUGCGAAGGCGUUGAGGAGAAAACAGCAGGAGCAAAAGAAGUUCAACCGAGCGCUAAAGGUGAAGAAGAAGCAAGCUGCUCAUGCGGGUGUACUCUUUGAUCCGGAGCAAGCCAAGAGGGAAAUUUUGGGGGAGAUGACUGAGGAAGAAGAGUCUGGUUUUGAUGAAAAAGUUGAAAAAGACGAUGGCUCCGACGGUUCAGACUCGAGCUCAGACUCAGACUCAGACUCGGAUUCUGAUGGUGGGGCAGAGAUCAAGGAGGCCGCGCCAAAAUCCAGAAAGUCAAAACGCUCAGCAGAAGAGCCCGCUGAAGGCCAACCAGACGCCAAAAAGAGCAAGUCCUCCACCGAACCCACUGAAAAGAAGAAAGUCAAGAAGUACAACCCACCCCCCAACGCCCCCAAGAUCAACAUGAACAUCGUCAGUGAAGAAGACAUCGCCAAGCGCGUCAAGAAGGAGCAGCACCGCGUGAAGCUUGACCUGAAACGCAAAGCCAAGCUCGAGAAGAACAUCGCGGAAGGCAAUCCCAGGACACUCGCUGCUAUUGGUAUCCUGAAGCGGAAUAGAAAGAGGGAUGAUGAGACGCCUGAAGAGAAAUUGGAGCGGAGGGCGAAGCGAGCGGAGAAGAAGGCAAUGAUAGAGGCUCGCAGGGCAGAUCCGGCUGAGCAGGAAAGGAGGGCGAGGUUGAAAGAGGGUUAUGCUGCCAAGAAGGAGGCUAAGAAGUUGGAGAGACGAGAGGAGAGGAGGCAGGAGAAGAUUGCGAAGGCAUCGAAGAAGAGGAAGGGGGGUUCUUUCAGUAAUGGGGAUAGCAAGAGGGCUAAGACUGAAGAAAGUAAUGGACAAACGAAUGGUGCGGAGCAGUGGAAUCCAGAUGCGUUGAGUGGAGAUGCUGCGAGGAAGGACAAGUUUUUGAGACUCCUUGGGGCCGGCAAGUCGAAUGGGGCUAGCUCUUCUAACAAGGUGAGUGCAGAUGUAGAUCUAGAAAAGGUACAGAAUGACCUGGAGAGACAGUUUGACGCUGGGGUGAGAAUGAAGCAUGAGCAAGGAGGCAAGAGACGUGGUUUGGGCGCGUAA